CAACAUAGCAUGCAAGACAAAAACGCUCAGGGUCUAUAAAAAGAGCUGAUUAGGUAUCUGACACAACGUGACAAACUUAAUAUUGAAACAAUGAUAUAGCAAAAAAUGAUCUUGCGCAAGGAAUGAAAUAAGUAAACUUGCACCUGUUUUUUGUAUAAACAUCCAGAUAUAAUUGGCAAGAACCUGCAAGUUGCCGUUUCCAAUCCAGACAUGUCAUAAAGGAGCUUCAUUUAAAAUUUAAAGAUGGCACCACAAGGUUAACAAAAACUUCCCAGGUACGUUGCUAGAAAUAGGCAAUCGGUUCAGAAUGGUCCUUAUUGCCAUAUUGGUAGUUGUUCUCGUUACUAACCAUAUCACUGUUGUGGCGUCACAGACUUUUUUUAAACUGCAGUAUGGGUCUAUUGAAGGUGAGGAAUUCUCUUUCCAAAAAGAACACUUUGAAUGUGAACGUGACCAAAGCUGCACCAGUUUUAAGUACAACAAGGAAACGAAACAGUCGAGACUAGUGCAUGGUGGUGAUGAGAUCGUCACAACAGCCAAGGAAAAUGAGGUAGUUUGGAAAAAAGAGCCGUUUGGGUCUUGCAAGAGCGCCUUGCCAGCACAUAUCAACGAGGGGCUAUAUUGGAUUAGAAGUAAAAGCAUGGCAAUGGCACUAAGAGUCAGGUGUAUAAGAACAGAAGGCAAAGUGUAUGCUGCUUUCAGUCAUGAUAGUGAAGCAUUGAUCAAAGUUGACGGCUUCGAGAAUCCUGGAUCCUACAAACGUGUGAUUACGUACAAGGCCAACUUGCAAGACAUCAAGAACUUUGUCGAUUCUUCGUUGGCCUGCAAGCAGUUUACAAGGAUUGAUUGUCACAACAUGCGGCUUGAUGGCAAAGGCUAUUUGGUUGACAGAGAUGGGGUGCAAAUGUCUUAUUUUGGAGGCGGGCCUUCGACUGGGAGUGGUUGUAGCUGUGGAAUAACCAAAACAUGCGAGAAAAUUGACAUUCUUUGCCACUGUGAUGUCAAUGAUAGCAGAUGGCGAUUUGAUGAGGGUUAUGUUACAGACAAGAAAAGGCUUCCUCUUACUCAAGUGAGGCUUGGAGAUACUGGUGGGGUUACCGAGAGAGGAGCUCAUACGGUUGGAAAACUUUUAUGUGAAAUGUAACUGCCGAGCAGACGUUAGCUGUCAAGAUUAAGGAUAAUAUACAUACCUAAGCGUAGUUAAAAUCAAUGACGAUUUUCACAUUGCUUUAUACAUUUUGUGGUAGGAGCAUGCGUGGCUGUAAUGACAAUAAGCCAAUCUCGAAUCAAAGGACGAAUAAAAUUUAGAGAAAAAGGUGUCAUUAGAAGACUGAGACUGGAACUCUAGUUUGUAUUAUGCAACUAUGAUAUAUAAUAAUUAUGAUAUCCAUGUGAUAUGAAUUCUGUUUACAAGCUUUUGCCUUUUUAAGCAUGUGCUUAUGAUGCAAUUUCUCAUUGGUACAGACUAAUGGAUAGUAGAAAUUCCUAAACAAUAGGAAUCUAGAUAAUAGUAAAUCAUAUGAACUGGAGUCUAGUCUUCCCAACAAUUUUUGGUAAAUUUACCGAACAGAACCAUUUCCAACAAUGCAUAUUUGUCACUUUACAGAUAAAGAAUCCAUAGUCAGGAAGUCUGGAAAUCUCACGUGCUGUGGACUUUCAGCUACUUUAAUCGUUCCGCAUUCAAAGUCAAUCUUUCUUCUCACCAAAAUCAUAUCGAAAAGCAAUGGUAUUUUCCGCUUCAAACAAUUAUAUUGAUAUAUUUUAAUAACAAACGAUGAGCCAAUGUAAAUGGCCACCUUUUCAGCUUCACACAACAAUUUGAUAAUCUUUUGGGCUACUUUUUAUCGCAAAGUCCCACCGUCAUAACAAUAAGAGCAUGACAUAAUAACCCCCCCCCCCCCUUAACUGUGUUGGUUUGAGCAUGUUUGUGCAUUACAACUGUACGUUAUUUUUACUAUUGUCAAUUGUCAUCAUUUAUGUUGGUUAACAAAUUUUCAUGAUCACAACUUUUCUUGGUGUCAGAAUUUUAAAGCCAAUAUUCUAUAGUCUUAUGUAAGCUUUGCUUUUAAGGGAUUCUUCGGGAGACGAAACUAUCAGUCAUUUAUUUCGAAACAAUACCGUCUUCAACCAAUCAGUGUUGCAGGGUCAUAGCACAUGCGCAUCAAUAACAGUAUUCGCACAGAUGUUCUGUCUGCGACCAUACAAUCCUUGAACUUCCUGCCAGGGCUUCAAGUCAUAAUGCGCAUGUGCAAUCACCCCGAAACGGGGGCUAGUGCAUGUCUGGAAGACGGGCAUGAUUCAUCUCUCGAACAAGGGAGACGUUUUGCAAACAUUUUCCAAUCACAGCAGAAUUUUAUUUGCUCUCAUUGUUGAAAUUUCACCCAAAAAUAAUUUUUGAAAUCAAUUCUGUCUCCCAGUCCCCUCUUCAAAUCAUAAUCCUUGCCUAAAUGAUUAUGAAAGGCAGGCAAAUUUGUUUUCAACUUAACUUGACUCAGGUGCUACCUGUAAUGUUUUUCCAGAACACUUCGCCCUUCCAGCCACAAAAGUUGGAAAAUGUGAUCACUCUGUGCGCCUGAGCAGUAACGUUUUAUUACCUGUAAAUGGUAUUUGCAAACGUAAGGAAGCAAAUCCCAAAAACCAGACUGAGUACACUUUCAAAUUUGUUAUUGUGUAAGUGGACUGUGUUCCAUUAAUAAAAGUUAAUGCAGCAAAAAAGAUGGGCCUGCUGACUAAGAUUUUCGCUCGCACUGACAACUACAGUGUUAUGAAUUAUAUAACAUCACGCUGUCAUUCGAGACAUUUGAUGGAUGGCAGUCUAAAAGCUUUUACAUUUCUAUUCUGUUGUGACUCUGAUUGCUCAUUAAUGUUGGAAUGGAUGAGGAAAACUAUUUACAUUUAGGCUGGCACUUGCUCCACUUGCUUCUGUCUCAAAUGCAAUUUCAGUUAUAAAUCAGCAACAAAGCAAUCUUAUUUUGGCUUUAACAUCGUACAAGCAGUUACAAAACACACUAGUUUAUCGAAGACGCAAAACUUUUGGAGUCUUUUGGAGCUUCCCUCAGCCCGAAGCAUCCAUUUUUUAGAGCUCGAUUUAUACGAUGAACGAAUAUCUGAUUUAGAUUUCAAGAAAGCUUGAGGAUUGAACGGAACAAAUUUUGGAUCAUUCCAAACAUUGUGCCAAAAUUAUUAGCUUUAUGAUUAUCUUAUAUUAGCUAAAUUAUUAUCUUCGAUUUUCAUGAAAAAGUGCUGCUUCGGGGCUCUACGACGGAACCUUUGAGGCAUUAGUGAAAAUCUGUUUAUCAGGUGAAAAACAUAUUUUACUGUUCGCACUGUACUAAUCAUACAGUUUUCUGAAAAUCUAAUGCCGCCUUUGAAGAUAAAACAAUAGAAAUUAACUUUGUAAGGUUUUCAUUCUGUAUUGCAAACGGGCCCAAUGUAGAUAAUGUUAGCUCUAAAAGUAUUGCUUCAAACAGCCAUGUCAACAAGCACAAUCAACAGCUGCCAUAGCCACUGCGAAGGCUUUACUCAGUGUUACAGAUGAAGAGAAACGCUUUGGAGCAGUUCUUGAACGCCAGGGUGACAUGUCCGGCAAGUUAAUUGUAAGAUUAUCCGGUAUAUAACAACGAAAGAACACCCGAACUCGAACUUCAAUACACCAUUUUGUAUUUUCACGCAUAACAUAACAUAACCAAACGGGCGCAUGCCCAACAUAACAUAAAUACGAGGCUAAUAACCUCACACCUUUCCUCCAACAAAAGAAUCAACAGAACAGUAACAUAAUAAAAAUAAUUGUCUUUAAAGUUUGCUAAUCAGAAGUUGUGGCCAGCGAGGUAGUCAGGCCGAAUUACUUUCCUGCCACUCCUUGUCGUUACUGGCUGGUAAAAGUUCAAUUGCCUGUGAUGAAAUCUGGUCUCAGCAGGUCUUGCGGCUGCUGUCUCUUCUUCAGUAGCAUCAGGUCGUGAGUCAGGUGCCUCUUGCGGAUCAAAUUGCUCCUUUUCAGAUUGGUGAUCUUUAUAAGGUCAAGCUACUGCUUCUCGUUCCUUUCUGGGGAAAAUGAUUGAAUCUUAUUCAUCUGCAAAGAAUGGCUCUUUGGUUUGACUUAGAAACUUUCGAUUUCGUCUGAAGAUCCUUCCAUCUUCGGUCUUUACAUUGUAAGAUCUUACACCAACUUGCUCUAUGACCAUCCUUUGGUUCAGCGGCCUGUUCUGUCAGAAUUUCUUGGCUUUAUCCGGACUACAUCAUCUUUCUUUAAUGCACUUAGCUGUCUUGUGCCUCUGUUAUAAUACUUUGAUUGUAUCUCUUUCCUCUUUCGAAGUUUUUCUUGGACACCAGUGACAACCUUGGUUUAAGGAGUUUCUUUGAUAUGGGAAGCAGUGUUUUAGCUCGUCUGCUAAAUAUACGCUGGGAAGGAGAGCUUUCCAUCCCCUCAGACAGCGUGUUUCGCCAUUCAAGCAGCGCGAGAUCAUUGCUAGAUUGCUUUGCCAUUAACUCUUCUCUAGAAGACG